AUGCAUAGUGAGGAUGAUCUAAUUGCUCGAGCACACAACCAGCAAACGACACAGCAAAUCACGACCAUUACGAAGGUCGUCCGCGAGGUGAAGCAGUUGGGACCGGAUGCUGGACAACCGUUCGACUAUGUAGCAAUGCCUCUAGACAUGGGAACCGACGGACAACCAAUCGACUACGUGUCGAUGCCGAUGGGUAUGUACACGACCCGGACGCAGUAUUUGAACUUCAACCACAUGGACCAGCCCGAACAGAUGGUGGGCGGUCCGCCCCAAUCGCAUCUACCGCCGGGCGCAAAGGUGAUGGGCGCCGGUGGUGGCGGACCCGGCGUUCCCGGGUCAAUGGGAGGCGGUGGUGGUGUCGGUGGCGGCCAGGGACACUAUCAGGAUUACGAGCAUUACGCGCAGUACACGGACGCUGGUUACGAUCUCGGGCAGGCGGCACACCAUCCGGCACACGCGCAAUCGUAUCUCGGAGAGUAUCAGAUGAACGAUCGCUCCAACACACCGCACACGUCGAGCGAGAACAGCGAAUCCUCCAUUCCCAUGCCGAUGAGCGUACCGCAGAUGGGUAAUCCGUCGGCGAACCUGAUGGGUGGCCCCGGUGGUUACCUGCAGGGCCAGUACGACGAGAUGGGCGAAUAUGUCAUAGCACCCUCGCAAGGUGGGCCGGUCGAUCGGCUAUACCCCGACAAUCCGUCGGCAAUGGUGUACGGGUACGUGUCGACACCGCCGUACGGCACGAUCAGCUCCCACAUGGAUCCAAACGGUGGUGUCGAACCAACGUACGCGACGAAGCAGCAGCUUGCGUACGAAGCCGCCACUGCACAGCAACGGGCCGGAGGUGGUGGUGUGGUGGGAAGCGUCGCACCGGACGGUUCGUGUUACUACGACGGCGAUGACGAUCUGCACCAGCAGCUAUCGAACCUGCAGAUACAUAAUCACGUGUUUUUACAGCACAUAAUCACGUCACCGGGAGGUAACAACCGGCCAGGUGUGAGUGGCACCGCUAAUGGUGGCGGUGGCGUCCCGGACGGUAGUGGCGGUGUGGUCGAUAUGGACGAGCAGCGCCAGAUGAAGUGGCGCGAUCCAAAUCUCACCGAGGUGAUCGGAUUCCUCAGCCAUCCGAACAACGCGAUCAAGGCGAAUGCGGCCGCCUAUCUGCAGCAUCUGUGCUAUAUGGACGACCCGAACAAGCAGCGGACGCGCACGCUCGGCGGCAUCCCGCCGCUGGUGAAGCUGCUCGGGCACGAAAAUACCGACGUCUUUCGGAAUGCGUGCGGCGCCCUGCGGAACCUGUCCUACGGACGGCAAAACGACGAAAACAAACGUGCAAUUAAUUCGGCCGGUGGUAUCCAGGCGUUGAUCCAUCUGCUGCGUCGGACGGCCGAGUCCGACAUCAAGGAGCUGGUGACGGGCAUCAUCUGGAACAUGUCGUCCUGUGAGGACCUGAAGCGCUUCAUCAUCGACGAUGCGGUCGUGGUGAUCGUGUCGUACAUUAUAAUUCCACAUUCGGGCUGGGACCCUACCAAUCCGGGCGAAACCUGCUGGAGUACGGUGUUCCGUAACGCGUCCGGCAUACUGCGGAACGUCAGCUCGGCUGGGGAGUACGCGCGGAAGAAGUUGCGCGAGUGCGAGGGACUGGUCGAUUCGCUGCUGUACGUCAUACGGAUAGCGAUCGAGAAGUCGAACAUCGGCAACAAGAUCGUGGAGAACUGUGUGUGCAUACUGCGCAAUCUUUCGUACCGGUGCCAGGAGGUGGAAGAUCCCAACUACGACAAAAACCCAAUCCCGCACCAUGGUUCCGAUGGUGGUGUGAGUGGAGGAUCGCACAGUGGUAGCGGUGGUGGUGCGAUCGUGGUGAGCGCCGCUUCUUCCAAAGGUGAAAAUCUCGGCUGCUUCGGGGCAAGUAAAAAGAAAAAGGAACAGCAGGCAGCAGCUGCCGCUGCCCAGCAGCUGGCUGCCGCCGAUAAGGACCACUCGAGUGCCAACGGUGAUCCGGCACGAAUGGCGUACAAAAACACUGCUCACUAUAAAGGAGCCGAACAGCUGUGGCAACCAGACGUUGUACAUUCUUAUCUUGCCUUACUGCAGAGCUGUUCCAAUCCGGAAACGCUUGAGGCGGCGGCCGGUGCGCUGCAGAAUCUGGCCGCCUGUUACUGGCAGCCAAGCAUAGAGAUCCGGGCGACCGUGCGCAAGGAGAAGGGUUUGCCAAUCCUGGUCGAGCUGCUGCGCAUGGAGGUGGACCGGGUGGUGUGUGCGGUAGCGACGGCCCUACGCAACCUAGCAAUCGACCAAAGAAACAAGGAGCUAAUCGGGAAGUACGCGAUGCGCGAUCUGGUGCAGAAGCUACCGUCGGGGAACCCCCAGUGCGACCAGGGCACGUCCGACGACACGAUAGCCGCCGUGCUGGCCACGCUGAACGAGGUAAUCAAGAAGAAUGCGGAGUUUGCGCGAUCGCUGCUAGAUGCGGGCGGUGUUGAGCGGCUGAUGAAUAUGUCGCGACAAAAGUCGAAGUAUACGCCGCGCGUGCUAAAGUUUGCCAGCCAGCUGCUGUUCACGAUGUGGCAGCAUCAGGAUCUGCGCGACGUUUACAAAAAGCACGGCUGGAAGGAGCAGGACUUUGUGACGAAAACGAUAGCGUCGCGAAAUUUGAACAGCAGCAAUGGUGGCGCAGGCGGCAGUUACAGCGACAACUCGCCCAACUCACCCAACAACACCCUCAACCGUCCGAUGGCAUCGCAGAGCGGUACCAGGUACGAGGAUCGCACCAUGAAACGCCAGCAGGGAUCCUCGUCGGCGAACAAUGGUGGUCAGGCCAUGUCUUUACCUCCGGGCGAUGGUACGAUCAAGAUGGGUACGUUAAACUUUACCUAG